GCCGUGAACCCCAAGCUCAACGCCGUCGUCGCCCUCGACGUGCCCGCCGCACGUGCCGCCGCGGAGGCUGCCGAGGCGCUGUUCCGCGUCGGCGACGGCAUCCGUCCGCUGACCGGCCUGCCGGUCGGCGUCAAGGACCUGAACGAGACCAAGGGAUUGCGCACCACCUUCGGCUCGCCGCUCUUCGCCGAGCAUGUUCCGACCGCCGACGCGGGGGUCGUGCGCCGCCUGCGCGCAGCCGGCGGGAUCGUGGCCGGUAAGACCAACACGCCGGAGUUCGGUGCCGGCGCCAAUACCGACAACGCCGUCUACGGUUUCACCGGCAAUCCCUUCGACCCCAUGAAGACCUGCGCCGGCUCCUCCGGCGGGUCGGCUGUGGCGCUCGCCACCUCCAUGCUGCCGCUCUGCAACGGUUCGGAUCUCGGCGGGUCGCUGCGCACACCGGCCGCCUUCUGCGGUGUGGUGGGGCUGCGCCCGACGCCGGGCCUGGUCGCCAAGAGCGCGCCGGCCAUCCCGACCGCGCCCCUGUCGGUCGAGGGGCCGAUGGGCCGAAGCGUCGCCGAUCUGGCACUGCUGCUGUCGGGCCUCGCCGGCGAAGACCCGGACGAUCCCUACAGUCGCCCUCUGGAGACGACGCUGCUCGCAGAAUUGCAGCCGGUGGAUCUCGGCGAACUCAAGGUGGCGGUCAGCGAGGAUCUCGGCUUCGCACCCGUCGACGACGAGAUCCGCGGCCUCUUCCGGGAGCGGGUGGGGGCCUUCCGUCAUCUCUUUCGGGAGGUUCAGACGCGCGAUCCCGAGAUGGCGGAGGCCAACCGGGUGUUCGAGGUGCUGCGCAGCGUCGGCUUCCUGGCGGCCCAUCUGGAGAAGGUGGAGCGGCACCCGGACAAGGUCGGCGCCAACGUCGCCAACAACGUCAAGCUCGGCCUCACCUUCGAUGCGCGCGACGUCGCCUGGGCGAGCAAGCGCCACGGGGAGAUCGCCCGCGACUUCACCGAGCUGAUGGAGGAGGUCGACCUUCUGAUCGCGCCGGGCGCCUCGGCCAAGCCCUUCGCCAAGGGGCAAAGCUAUCCGGCGGAGAUCAACGGCAAGCCGCUCGACACCUACAUCCAUUGGGUGGCGAUCUCUUACGGCCUGACGCUGACCGGGCAUCCGGUACUCUGCCUGCCGUGCGGCCUGGACGCCGACGGGCUGCCCUUCGGCCUGCAGAUCGUCGGCCGCCGCUGGGACGAGCGCCGCCUGCUGUCGAUCGGCGCUACUCUGGAAGCGGCCCUGGCGGGCCUUCCCGGUUGCGGCCGGCCUCUGCCCGAUCUUGCCCGGCUUCGGAGCUGA